GUAGAAGUUCAAGCACAUUUCGAGGUGAGGAAUAUCAGUCUGCUGAAUCAGGAUGCAACUAGAAGAUCUUGCGUCUUUGGCGACACUUCAGCCUCUAAAUGCGACUGUUGAGCCAUCAUAUAUGGAUCAUUUCAACUCCUCCGACUGGAAGCUAGUAUAUUCCAUUAUUCCACCGUACAUCUUCAUCGUCUGUUUGGCGGGAAUUCUAGGCAACUCUUUUGUACUGCUAGUGUUCGCGUUGCAGGGAAGCCGAUGGACUGUUCCGGAGAUCUACCUGGGUAACCUGGCGCUGGCCGACCUCAUCCUACUAGUCUGUCUUCCAUUCUGGGCCAUGAAUAUUCUGAACUACUUCAUGUGGCCUUAUGGAGAAUUCAUGUGCAAGGUCGUCAGUCUCUCGAUCCUUGUAAACAUGUACACCAGCAUAUACAUGCUAGUGAUGGUGAAUGUAGACCGCUACCUCGCACUUGUGUUGACUAUGAAGGCGAGAUGGCUGCGACGUAAACGCUACGCCAAAGUCAUUUGCGUUACUCUGUGGCUCUUUGGUUUUGGAAUGGGUGUUCCAACGGCGGCUUUCCGGAUGUUGCAGGACAUUCCGGGCCAUCAAGCAGUAGAAUGCAUCAUUGAUUACCCCAACAAUUCCUGGAAACUGGCCCAUCAUAUCCAACUAAACCUGUUGGGUUUUGCUCUACCCCUCCUGGUUAUCACAUUCUGCUGCUUUAAUAUCGUUUGGGCCCUGAAGCAAAAGCGAGACAACGGUUACUGUGAAGAUAGGAACGACAGGAAGGCUACAGUCCUUGUGAUCGCUGUUACGCUGUUGUUCUUAAUCUGUUGGGGGCCGUUCCACAUCUUCACUUUGCUGGACAUACUCUGCGAUUUCAGUGUUUUGGAUGGGCAUAAGUGGUCCCAUGUCCUGAGUAUUGGAGAUCAGUUUUCCACAUACAUGGCCUUUUCAAACAGCUGCCUGAAUCCAGUGUUGUAUGUUUGCUCGGGACACUAUUUCAGGAGGAAAGUGAGCAGCAUUUACAAAAGAAGAAAACGCUCCUCAGACGUGACGGCUCUCCAGCGGACGACUUUAACAUCCACGACAACCACUAAUCAAAUCAAGCCUGUUGUGCUAUACCAGAAAAAAUAGUGUUGUAUUGAUAAACAGCCAUUGUCUCUCUGCAACCAUCACAGAAAAUUUUGGCGGCUGUUUAAAGCUGUCUACAUAGUUACUUGUAUUGAAGAAUUGCAUAGAAGGAAAACAGCAUUAGGCAAGAUUAUAGCAUGAGCAUGCACUGUAUAUUUUAAGUAAAUGCACAGUAUUUUAUUUUUUUUGCAUGCAUGCAAUAAGUAAAGAAAUGCAAUUAUUGCUUAUUUUAGCUCAAAAAGAAAACAGUUGUUAAGCAUAAGUGACUGAUUUGAAACGAGGCACAAACAUCACGACAAGAUAUAUUAUGCCUGAUUGUUUACUCCUUGUUUGGUAUGAAAUGACCACAUAUAUGGCAUAAAAAUAAAAUGCAUUCAAAUAAUAACAUCAAUACACUCCUACACCUAUUUUUAAGAUGCGCAUUUCAAUUUCAUUAUAAAAUUAUGUUAAAAUUAAUUAUUAAAUAAAAUGUAAAAUAUUCAAUUCAAUUUGAUGGAAUUUUGUAUUGAAAUGUGUCAAAAAAAAUAUAUAUUUCUACAUAUGUAUAUUAUUUACUUAUUCUGGCACUAUAAACACAUUUCAGCUCUGUUUGUCCAAACAAUGGGAGUAAAUGGGUGCCAUCAGUCUACCGGCUAUUUGACGGUCAAAAAAUCAUAUUUAAGCAGCUUAAAAGUAAUCCAGAUGAUCAAUUAAUGUCUUCUGAAGCAAAACGAUUGGUUUGUUUAAAAAAUAAAUCGAUAAUUAAAACGUUAUAUACUUAAAAACAUCACUUCCUUCCAGCAGUCGACGCAUCAUGUGAUGUAAGCAAUGGCGCAAUGGUGCGUUCACGCGAGAAAUUAGAAGCGUGCACGUACGUCACGUGAGAGUCGGGUCAUUUCAAACUGCCCGGCAGACAUGAUUUAAAGUAAAAACGUUUAAAUUACCGGUUUGCUUCAGAAGACAUUCACUGAUCGACUGGAGUCGUGGAUUACUUUUAUGCUGCCUAAAUGUGACGUUUGGACCAUCAAACAGCCAGAAGACUAAUGGGACACGUUUACUUCCAUUGUUUGGACAAACAAUGUUUAAAAUGUUUUUAUGCACUUAUUACGUUUGCAUUAUAAACCCAAGAGCUCUUACAGUAAAAGGAAGGACUUUUCUUUUAUGGACAUGUUAGUAGUAUAUAGUAGAAUAGUAAGUAGACUCAAGUUUAAAACAAACAUCAAACAAACUAGUUCACUAAAAUUAAUCUGACUUUCUUCUGAUUCAUAUGAGAAUGCAUUUCAUUCGCCUCAUUGCAUAGUGUGCUUACAAACAAGGGCUCAUAUGUGUGAACGCGUCAGGGAAAUGUUACAAUGUGACGUUUUGCAUUCCGGAAUGGAACUUUUUUUCCAGUACAGUCAUUUUUAAUUAGUGUGGUUCAAAACUUAUCAAU